ACAGCGUGCUUUCAAAAUCUAUACCAAAAAAUUCGCGUUCAAGAUUGUUGGUGCAAGUUUUUGCUUGAUUUUGUGCUUCGUCCCGCAUGUGGGCGCGUUUGAAUUUAUUCGUAAGAUUUCAUAAAACAUUGAUCAGAGAUCAAUCAAACUGUUUUAACCAAGAAAACAUCUGAAAACAAGAUUUGCGUCGUUAUCUUUUCAAGAGAGGAAUGGCACGAAACAAGAAACCAAAAAGAACCGCAAAUAUCCAUAAAACGCCCGGAAAGGUGGUCGGCCGGUCACCGCGGUUUAACAAACCGAAACUGCAUGAGGUAGGACCGAUAAGCGAGCGAAAAAAAAAGAUGCGCGAUAAAGUUAAGGAAAUUAAACGAUUGAAACAACUCCGUGAACGGAUCAUACAGGAGCGGAGAAAGAAAUCGGAACCGAAGAAAAGUCCUCUUUCGCGGAAACAGAUAAUGUACCCACCGAACCCUCCCCCACCACCUCCCGGAAGAAUGGUGCCAUCUACCUCUUCGCUCUCUUCAAAACUCACUCCCAGAAGGCGCAAACGUAAUAAACAACCCCUGAAACCCUCCAACAGCGGUGACACCAUUGUGAUAGACUCCGAAGAUGACUACAGUAGCAGUCAGCCGUUGUUCUACGUGGACACAACCGCCGGAUUCAACGAUAAAGAAGUGCCCCAAUAUUCUAGGCAAACAGGCGCAACAGAUGAACCAGGAUUGUUGAUAGUAGAAGACAGUGUAUUGGAAGACGGUGAGAUAAGGGACGAGGAGGAUAAAGGAGAAGAAUCGAAUAUUUUGAACCGAAGGGUUAACCAUGAAGAAAUUCCAAUCGAUGAAGAAGAUGAUGAGGACAGCGUGCAUGAGCCAGGCGAUGAUGAUGUGGUAGAUUGUGAUGCAGUGACUGUCCCUAAACCGAAGCAGAUGGAAGAUCAGUCGGUAAUAUUUUGUUCGGAAGUUAUCGAUUUGGUCGGCGACGACUCUAUUAAGAAAAAUCGUAACGUCCAGCUAGACUUCAUACCAAUUGGUUUCGAUGUAGUGGAGGUGGGUGGUCAUGGAAAAUUUAAACGAUCACCAAGGAAAAAGUUGUUUAAGGAUUUACAAUCAAAGAAAGCAACUAAACCUUCUGAUAAGCAUGCCCAGCGAAAGCAGAGACAAGACGAGAAUAAGGAAGCGGCGCCACCUGCGGAAACAAGUGGUUCGAAGAAACGGUUCGUGGUAAUCGAUGGAAACAAUGUGGCGUUUGCGCACACGCAGGGACAGGCAUUCUCGGUCAAAGGGCUUGACAUUUGCAUACAAUAUUUUAAAAAACUUGGCCAUGAUGUGAAAGCUGUAGUGCCACAAUUCAGACUGAAAAAAGAAAAAUCCACCGAUCAGAGGCUCCUAGAAGAUCUGUACAAAAAAGGUGAUGUUCUUCUUGCGCCCAGCAAAAAUCUUCCUGGUCAAAAAUCAUCCACCUACGAUGAUCGGUUGAUUAUUUCGGUGGCGGAGAAGUUUGAUGGAGUGAUCAUAUCCAACGACAACUUUCGGGACCUGCUGGCAGAAAAUGAUUCUUGGAAAAAGAUCAUCGAAACGCGAGUGGCUGGGUACACUUGGGCGAUGGAUGCCUUCUUCCUGCCAGACGAUCCGUACGGCCGCAAAGGUCCGAGUUUAUCGGACAUGCUGCAAGUGAAGGCCAAGGUCGACGCCGUCGCCAAAGAUAAGUAGGUAGCAAAGAACCCUAUCAUUUCGUUUUGUUUUUUGUCCUUAUGUUUUCUUUUCUAAAGAUGCCUUUUUAAGUUUUAUAUAAAAGGUUGUUGAUAUUUAUUACUAAAUACUAUUAUUUCUAAACAAUCGAAUCACUUUGGUUAUUGAAUGAAAAUAAAAUAUGAAAGCAAACAGCA